GGCGGGGCGCUGACCCAAUGGCGGCGUGGGGCGGAGCGGAGCGGGGCGGGGCGAUGCUGCCGCCGGCGGGGGUGCGGGAGCGCGUCCGGGCCGUGCACGGCGGCGCGGUGCUGCCCGAGCUGCUGCGGCGGUACGACGGCUGGGCCGGCCGCUACGAGCAGGAUGUGGCCGCGCUGGAGUACCGGGCGCCGCACCUGGCCGCCGCCUCGCUCGCCUUCGCCUUCCCCGCGCCGCCCGCCGGGGCGCGGGUGCUGGACGUGGGCUGCGGCACCGGGCUCGUAGCGCGGGAGCUGCAGCGCCGCGGGUUCGGCUGCCUGCACGGCGUGGACGGCAGCGCGGGGAUGCUGGAGCGGGCGCGGGGCACGGGGCUGUACCGGCAGCUGCAGCGCUGCGUGCUGGGCCGGGAGCCGCUGCCCGGGCCCGCAGAGCACUACGACGCGGUUACGGUGGUGGGGGCCCUCGGCGAGGGGCAGGUGCCGUGCUCGGCGCUGACAGAGCUGCUGCGCGUCACCAAGCCAGGGGGCUUCCUGUGCCUGACCACCAGGAGCAACCCCUCAAACCUGCGCUACAAGGCAGAGCUGGAGGCAGCGCUGCAGCGGCUGGAGCAGCAGGGGGCCUGGCAGAAGGUCCUGGCCCAGGAGGUGGAGCGCUGGGAGAGGGCCACCGAGGAGGAGGAGAGUGUCCAGGGCACUGGCUACAUCUCUGGCGUGGUCUACAUCUAUCGCAAGUGCCCCAUCCCGCCUCUCGAGGAGGGCUGAGAGCCAAAACGGCGUGGGGAAGGGGUCUGAGCCUGGUGCCCUGCACGAUGUCACCCUGUGUGUCCCCUGCCCCGUGCAGCCGUGCCACCCCCUUCCCACACAGCGGCACCUGCAGAGCCCAAACUUCCCCAUUCCCUUCCCCAUCUCCUCCCCUCAGAUCUGAGCCCUGGGGACCUGCUCCUCAGCUUGGGGAGGGCCUCCAGGUUUCAUCGGGGUCUCCUGGGCACCUCCCUUAGCCCUGACAUUUAGGUGCCCUGGUCCUUGUCCUCGUUGUCCCAUCUCACAGCUCUUUGUGACGUCUUGCAGCUCCAUCUGACUGGGCAGAGCCACCUCCUGUCUGGGCUGUCUCCUCCACACCAUGCACACCUCCCACAUGGCCAUGGUUAAAAUCUGGAUCCUUCUUCAUCUUCCCUGCUCCAGACCCCAGGCCUCUGCCUGUGGACUGUUGCUGAUGGGUGCCCAUCACCACGUCCUGCUGUCCCCUGUUCAUUCCCCCAGGAGCUAACCCAGUGUGCCCUGAGGUGCUGGAGCCCCAUCUGAACCCGGAGCAGCUGUGCCAGCACAACGCCCAGCUGGAGAAGCUUUCCAGGCACCACAUCAGCCUUUCAUCCCUGCUUAAGCUCUCAUUUUCCUACAGCUUUGUAGUUAGUGGUCUGGGUGGGAAAUGAACCUGGAAGAGACCUCGGCAGCUGGAGGCUGCUCCCCACCCAGGAGCUGCCCUGGCAUCUCCUGCCCGUCCUGUUCCCCAGGCCCCUUGUGAUGGUGCCUCCACCCCUUCCUCCUCCAGUCCUUCCUUGGGAAGUUUUUUACCCAAAUCUCUUGCUGGGAUCUUUCUUUCUUCCUUCCCCAGACCUGUUGCUGCUUGUCCCAUUCCCAUGGAUGUGGGGUCGGGUGAUCUCCUUCCUGGAGCUCAGCCCCGUUGGGAGGUGGCAGCCCUGCAGUCUGCACUGGGCUCUGGUCAUAUCCAGCGCUUGGUGCCCAUCCCGGGGCAACCAAACUGGGGGCUGAGCCCUGGGAGCCCUUGCCCCUGUCCCUGUGCUUUGGAGACAGCCGAGCACCCCAGGCUGGGUGUGCUGAAUGUGUUUUGAGGACUGCAAUACCUGCUGUAAAAAUGGGCACUUGUCACCCCUCCUGGCUGGUCUGUGUUGUCCCCCCGUGUCCUGGUGUCAUGGUGCCCACCUCCCCUCUGUGUCACAGGCACUGUCCCUUUGUCCCCAGUGCUGUCCCGACCAAAGGACCCUGGCUGUCCCCAUCCCAUGCUUGGCUGUCAAAUAAACCCUGCCUGUGCUGC